GCAGUAAUCGUUAUAAGUUUAUUUUGUCUGAUAAUAUGUUGUUUCACACGUCUUUCCUUAUCUCUUAUUAUCUCCUCUUUGACUUUGACAUUUUUAACUUCAUUCUGUACAUUCGGAUCACCUCGCCAAUUACUCAUAAUCACGGUCUGAUUACAACACCAAAGUAAAAGAUUGCAGUAGUUUGUUCCUGGCAAUUGACAUAAAUAAAAGCAAGAAAGUUUGUUUGGAACUCAAUAGAAAGCAUGAGUGAAGGAACUGAAGAAACUAUUGCUGAGUGGACAAAUCUUCCAGAAGUUAUUCUAGGCAACAUUUUCAGCUACCUUCCAACUGUCGACAGACUUUGUAUAGGAGGAGUUUGCAAAGCUUGGGAAAAUGCUGUUCACAGACCAGAGGUUUGGGAAUGCUUUGACUUCUCAGAGAAAGAUGUUGACGAAUUUGGUAAUGAUCUGGAUGUGUUAAGAAGUGAACUUUUCUUCAGCGACUUUGAUGGAAGCAUUUCUGAGGCAAUUGUUGAAACAUAUGUAGGUGUAAUAAAACAGUUUGGAAGAAGCUUCAGACGCGUUAAGAUUUUAUUCAGAGGGAGGCAUUCGAAUAGGGUUUUAUAUACGUUGUCCGAUUGCUGUUUAAAUAUUACCAAUCUCAGUGUCCAGCGAAUGCAGCAGAAUGUCCAAGUUGUUAGAAAUCAUGAUUCUUCUUACAGACAAGCAAUACACAACAUAAUACAGCGAAAUUCAAAACUGGAAGAACUGUACGUAAGAGACAUAGACAAUUAUGCUGAAUCGCAACAGAAAAGCCCUCUCCCUUUAGGAGCAUCCCAUUCCUACACAAUUAAAGAAUUAACUAUUAUUCAAUCGUUUCAGUAUUGCAACCUUGGAAACUUCAUGUAUUUGGUCAAUCUACGAGAACUAGCACUUGAGCCCCAUUUCCUAAGUUACAGCCUACUAUAUCAUUUAGCCAGUAGAUCUUUGAUUAAGUUACACAUCCUGGCUAUCUCAAAGCAUAUGGAGUUUUACAAUGAAGCUCUUCAAGAUUGGCAGUGGCAAGAAAUAAAGAAGCAAGGACCAAAGUUACGCGUUCAUUGCCUUUUCAGAGUGGGACAUGAAUGGACUGAGAAAGAUAUUAUAUUGAAGAAAGAAAUCCCAAUGAAAUGUCUCAAAUAUGCCAAAUAUCAUUUGUUGAACUAUCCAGUUUUAACCAACCUUGUAUGUAACUAUUCAUCUACUCUUGUGGAAUUUAUAGACUUCAGCCACUUUUUGAAAAGUUACGAGCUCGCCCAAGGUAAUCGUUCUGAUCGACCUGAAAUAAACAGGUGUAUUUUGCAAAUUGUGCUCGGAUGCACUUUGCUUAGAACUUUAGCUGUUAAAGAAGUGUUAUACAGCCAAAAUAUAUUGUUUAUGUUAAGUGCUAACAAAAAUUUAGAUAUCUUUUUACGAGAGGAGCAGAUUGAAUAUAGCGAGUUUAUUUCCGAUCCAAUGCCAUAUGAAGAGUUCGAUCUUAUAAGUAGGUCAUGGGUGAACUUUGAAAAUUUCAAAUUUGCUGUCUUACAUAUAACUAAUAAGCAUUGGAAUUUUUACACGGAAGGCAGUGCAAUGUAUGAAAACUUUGUUAAGAAGCAUUUUAAGCUUUUGUAAUACUUAUAAAUGCAGCAGGCCUCCAGAUCAAUUAAAUAUUCAAUGAAGCCCUUACUUCAUUAGUAACAGGGCUGAUAAUUGAUAUGAUGAUAAAAAUUGUAAAACAAUGUCAUAGUGUUUUAAAAUGUUUAAAUGUUUCAACAUUCUUGAGUUUGAUUUAAAUUUCGUUACUCAUUUCAUAGGUACAUUUUCUUUAUAUAUUUUUGUGUGUGGGUUUUUAGGCAUAAACCCUUAAUCUCCUAGAACUGAAGGAUUAGCCUUGCCACCAGUAAGUCCAAUAUCCACAGACUUUGUUGGCUAACUUUAAAUUUUCAUCUUGAUAUUCCCUUUAUUGAUAAUGAACUGUUUCAAAUAUGGAAAAGUCCAUUUAAGAAAUACAGCAAGGUUUAAGGUACUGACACCUCUGAAGUAGCAAUAAUAGGCAUUUUAUGUCACCAUUUAUUAUUGUUUUCUUACUAUAAGAGAAGUUACUGUGACCAUCUUUCCAGGAAAACUAUAAUUGGACAU